CCGCCCUCUUUAUGAUUCAGGUUUGGCCUUUUCCAGGUCCCGUGCGCACUCUAGACUAAGGCAUCCGGAUGAUGUGUUAUCCACAAAAAUAACGGAAACCUAUGGAAGUGGCGAGAAUAACGGGACAGCAUCUCUCUCCACAGGCGCGCUCCUUUCAUUCCCUCAUAUGAGAAUCUCAUCCUCUCCGCCGUAGCUUCUGGGAGCGCAAGCAGCCGUGAGUCAUGACUCUGAGUUCCGAGAUGUCGGAUGCCUCCAUCCUUUCGGAAGAGACCGACAUAGACGUGGUCGGCGAAGGAGAGGAAGGGGACAGCCAGACGCGCUCCUACGUAGAUGAGGUGGCCCAGAUGCACGACGACAUCCUCCUGGAUGGCUCCCCGCCAUGCAUGGACAAUGCUUCUUCCCGGGAUUCCUACAAACCAGCGAGUAAGAACACACUUGUGAAGCCCCCCUACUCCUACAUUGCCUUAAUCACCAUGUCCAUCCUUCAAAGCCCAAAAAAGAGACUCACCCUCAGCGAGAUCUGCGACUUUAUCAGCAACCGUUUCCCGUACUACAGGGAAAAGUUCCCAGCUUGGCAAAACUCCAUCAGGCACAACUUGUCCCUGAAUGACUGUUUCGUGAAGAUACCGAGGGAGCCUGGGAAUCCCGGUAAGGGCAACUACUGGACCUUAGACCCGGAAUCGGCUGAUAUGUUUGACAAUGGCAGCUUUCUGAGAAGACGGAAACGCUUCAAGCGCCAGCAGACGCAGGAUUUGCUUCGGGAGCACAACAGUUUUCUCCCCGCCGCUGCAUACGGCUAUGGACCCUACGGCUGCGGCUACGGUAUCCAGCUGCAGUCAUACCACACACACUCGGCGCUCUUUGCGUUUCAGCAGCAGCAGCAGUCCAGGCAUUCUCACACGGGAACCAUUAUCCCUGCACCUUCUUUGAUGCCUACUUCCACAGACUUGGCCAGGACCCGGUUUUACCCUCAGCUCAGUCCCAGCUUGUCCUCCCCCAUACAGACUGCAGCGAAGUCCAUCUCGCCUGUCCAACGGUCUCCCUUCUCCAUAGAGAGCAUCAUUGGGGGGUCGUUAAGCCCCGCGCACACUCACUGUGCCUCGCGGACUUCUCCUGUUGUUCCAAUGUUAUCGUCCUCACUUGCGCCACAUUCGCCCAACCUUCCACCGAGCGUGCACCAAGGAACUGUUUUACACACAGUCGAGAACUUUCCCAACAGAAUUGUGAACGGCACUAGUGGCUGUUAAAUUUCUUAACUUCAAAGUUUUCGACAGGCACAAACCCGCCCCUCUUUGAAGGUAGGAUUAUUUUUGUAUGUUCAUUUGAUAACACGCAGCUGAAUGACGGACAUAAACACUAUUCGUGCCUAUAUUCAUGCUGUAAAAGGUAGUUGGGCCUAUAUUUAUGUUAUAAUUUUUAGUGUGAAUUAAUUCUUUUCACGAACUUUUCAUUUUCAUGAAGUGAUUCGUUUAAGUCACUGUGUAGGGUGUCUCAGGAUGACUUCUGAACAAUUUAUAAUGGUCACGUGUCUAAAACAAUGUAUUUUGUGUCAAACACACCCAUGUUUUUAGUUUGACAAAUUGAGACAUUUGAACUGUUUUGGUUGAUUUUUUGGUUCUGCUUUGUUUUGAAAAGACACAAUGAGAGAGAAAUUCAUUUAUACAGUAUGCAGUGUGUGUUUCUUUCAAUAAUAAACAUUGUACAUUCGUUGGCAAGUAUUGUAUAAUCGGAGUGUGAUAUUUUUACACGAUUUGUUUUUCAAUAAGAAUAAAUAUCGUUUUGCAAAAAUGAAAGAUGUUUUUGAAUUAACUUAUUAAAAUAUUUAUUCCAAGUUAGCAAUAGCCUACCGACCUGCAUUAAGUUUGGUAUUGUGCAAAUAGCUAUAGGGCCAUAUAUAGCCUAUUUUUAAUACAACUUUCCACUUUAAAUGUCCUGCAUAGACGUUAGCCUGUAAAUGAUUGUUUAUGAAGUUCAUUUGAUUUAUCUACUUUUAAAUAACUAACUAAAAGGAAUAGGCCUAAUAGGUUACAUAUAAUAACAGCUAAUAACACUACUAGAGCUGAACAAGAAUAGUUUAUUAUACUAUAUUAAAACUAAUAGCCUACUGAUUGUGGAAUGUUCAAAAAUAGUGGUACAACUCUACCAUAGCGUACAAU